AUGGCCGAGAUUCUCCUGGACGAAGACGAGGACUUUGACAGCUCCGCCAUGGCCGCGGCAAUGGGCUUCUCCAGCUUCGGCGGCCCGGCCUCCAAGAAGCGCAAGUUCAACCCGCGCGCCGACGCCGCCUUUGUCGCAUCAUCGUCGCCAUCAUCCUCUGCGCCGGCCCCCGCGCCCAGUGGCGCCAACACCACCGCCCUCGGCGAGCGGCCGCCCCGCGCGCCGCCAUCGGCUCUCCUGCCAAUGCACGCCUCCUCCGCAGGUCUGCCGGCGAGGCCGUCGCGUGACGUGUCGUCGCCGGCGCGGCAGCAGAACUCGGAUGAGAUUGCCUUGGAUGAUGACGACGACGAUGCUGCCGACCCGGAGCCGCAGUACAUCGACACGUCGCGGCCGGCGCGGCGCCUGUCGUCUGUGGAGCGCGAGGCGCGCGAGGUCCAGGAGCAGAUUGAUGCCAUCGUCACUGCCAAGGUGGACGAGACGAUGGCGCAGGCGCAGGGUGGUGCUGGCCUCCCAGUGUUGCCGCCACCCGGCAUGGCUGUUGCUCCAGGUGUUGGCUUUGGCCAACGGCAUCAUCACGGCGGCCAACAUGCCGAGAGAGGAGCUCCAGGGCACAUCUGGUGGGAGGACUACCAUGAUCCUAGCUUCAACCAGAACCCAUGGGAGUGGCUAGAGAAGACGCGGGGUCUUGCGCCGAGGGGCACAUGGAUCCCGAGGGUGGCGAAGAGCGGGUGA